AUGGAGGCGCCGCGGGCCAAGACCAACAACAACGGCAGGAAGCGCAAGCCCACGCCUCCCGCCGGCGGCAUGGGGGACCUCCACGACGACAUGCUCGAGCGCGUCCUCGCGCGCCUCCCGCCGGCCACCUACUUCCGCCUCCGCGCCGUCUGCCGCCGCUGGCGCGCCGCCGCGGCGUCCCCGACCUUCCUCGACGCCUGCGCCCGCGUCCCCUCCCGGGACCCGUGGUUCCUCAUGCUCUCCGACUCCGACUCCGGUCCCGUCGCCUUCGACGCCGCCGGCCGCAGCUGGAACCGCUGCCACCGCGCCGCCCCGGGGGCCGCCGUGCCCGUGGCCGCGUCGGGCGGCCUCGUCCUCUACCGCGCGCCGGCCACGGGCGCGCUCACCGUCGCCAACCCGCUCACGGGCGCGUCCCGCGCGCUCCCCUCGCCGCCGCCGCUGCAGGGCGCGCAGCAGCAGCUGCAGGCCAUCGCCAUGUAUGGCGCCGGCGCCGGCGCCCACUACCGCGUGGCCCUCUUCGUGGGCGACCUCCCGGACCUCUCCAUGGCGGUCUUCGACUCGUCCAGCGACUCGUGGGAGGGGCCCCUGCCGCUCGUCCGCAAGGCCGGGGACGACUCCUCCUGCCACCCCGACGCGCCGGCGCAGGGCGGCGGCGCCGACGACACGGUCUACUUCCUCAGCAAGUCCGGCGACGUGGUGUCCACCAACAUGCAGCGCAGCGCGUCCAAGCAGUACUCCUCGGUGGUCGUGCCCUCGCCCGCGCGCCGCGACGGCGACGGCGAGAUCGAUGCCCACGCCGUCGCCUACUUCCUCAGCUACUCGGGCACCGUCGUCGCCUGCGACACGGCGCGCCGCACGUUCGCGGAGCUGCCCCGCAUCCUCCCCGUCUACUUCGAGUACUCCAUCGACGUCGUCGCGUGCGGCGCCGCAGCCUACGCCGUCGUGCUCUCCGAGUACCUGGACACGGCCAGCCUCCGGGUCUGGGAGUUCGCCGGGGGCGCGUGGCGACAGGUGGCCGCCAUGCCGCCCGCCAUGUCGCACGGCUUCCACGGCAUGCGGGCCGACAUCAACUGCGUCGGGCACGGCGACCGCCUCAUGGUCUGCGUCGCCUCCGCCGAGGCCAGCGGCUGCUUCAUGUGCGACGUGGCCAGCAACCAGUGGGAGGAGCUGCCCAAGUACGUCAAUGGUGACGGCGUGGCCAACGAGUUCUUGGCCGCCUUCUCCUUCGAGCCCAGAGUGGAGAUCACCGUCUAA